AUGGAUUAUCGAAAUAGUAAAAGGUCCAGUAUCUCAUUUGGAAGCUAUCAAAGGCAACUGAACCUGUUAGACAAUGUAGGGAACAACGGAGUUAAUUUCUACCAGCGACCAAACCAAGGCCAUUCUCAACAGUUACAACAUGGGCAGCAACAGCAGCAACAGCAACAGUUGGGACUGGGGAGUGGGAAUAGUAACUAUACAUUGGACAAGCUAAAAACGGUAACGACAUGUCAGUACCAGUCCAGCGCUCCACUUUUCGCGCUUUCUUGGAAUCAGAACGAUCAAUGUGCCCUGGGGACAUAUAAGGAAGAUUCCUACAAUAGAAUAGAGAUCAUCAACGGAUCGAACGAUUAUUCUACAUGGGAAUGUACCAACGUUGCUAACGUGGUUUAUCCUAUAUCCAGGAUCCAAUGGAUGCCUCAAAACAAUACAAGACUAGCAACAUGCUCGGAUUCCCUAAGGAUAUGGUCGUUGGAUGGCAGUUUACAGGAACAGAUCAACCUUUCUUUAUACAAAUACGGGAAACACCCUAGUUCUGCGUCUCAAAAGGAUACUGUCACGUUGGGCCAACUCCCACCCGUCACAUCGUUCCAUUGGAGUCCCAUCUCCCCUAACCUACUAUUAUCGUGUAGCAUCGACACGACGUGUACCGUAUGGGAUCUUUCGAACUCUACCAACUACGUAAAGACGCAAUUGAUUGCACAUGAUAGCGAAGUGUUCGACGUGAAAUUCUUGGCACAAUCGACGCAGUUGUUUGCCAGCUGCGGUGGUGAUGGAUCCGUCAGAGUGUUUGACCUCAGAUCACUGGCACACAGUACCAUCGUGUACGAUCACGGGAACGAGACUUCACGCGGCUCCAGCGGUGGUGGAGCAGCAGCAGCAGAUGGUCCAAACAAAAACGCAACCACGAAAGUUACUGCAAAUACUGGCAGUACCGCUGGCAGUGCCAGCGGUACUGCCAACACUUCCGCAUCAGGUACAUCAGGUACCUCGGGCACUAGCACACUCAUACCACAUGGCAAUUCCCAGGAUACAGUAGACCAAAUGGACCCAGAACCACACUCCAACGCGUUGGUGCGCCUCGAACCAAAUCCUUUCGAUCCAAACGUCAUCGUCACCGUCGCACAGGACAGUAACGCCAUCAUCGUACUAGACAUGAGAUACCCUGGAACCCCAUUGCUUACCCUCGAGGGCCACAUUGGACCUGUUAACCAAGUACAAUGGCAUCCAAAGAAAUCCGGAGUCCUUGUCUCCUGUGGAGACGAUUGCCAAGUUCUGUACUGGGAUACAAGCGCUCUACUGGGGCAAACCUCGUCCAACACCGCGAGAUGGAACAACCAAAACGUCGUACAUACUGUAGACACACCACAGAUGGCAUACACCACGGAAACCGAGGCAAACAACCUGGUCCUCAACCCUUCUGGUACCCAUGUAGGUACCGUUAACGGUAAGACCUUCACGGCGAUCAACUUGAACACGUGA